UCAGGCUCUUGGUUUAUAAGCUUGGCCCAAACUAGAUUUGUGAAUGUAUUAGAGAGAGCUUCAAUCAGUUAGAUAUAGAGAGAAUUGGUUAUUGAGUUAGUUCUGUUGAUUGAAGUUGGACAGAAACAUAUGCCUUAUAAACUCAAUAAAAUAACAAAACCUAAUGCCAAAAGUCAAGUGUGGAGUUGGUGGAGGUGGUAGCAUUAGGUAGAGAAUUGACCAAACAAGCGAACUACUCAAGCGACAUUGUAUCUUGCUUUCUCAACUUUGCUAUUUCCUUGUCUUGAAGUUUCAAAAUUUUCAGACACCAUUGCCAAAACAUGAAAGCUGCAGCGCAGUUGGUACGAUCCUAUACAUCUGUUCCAAAUGCGCAGGGAACUGACUCCUGCGGAACUAGUCGCUCAUGUGCUAUUGUUACAAGCAAGGUUGUGUCUCAAGAGCAGUCCGAAACCUUACCAAUGCCUCCAGUUUCUGUCGGAGUUGAUCAUGUGAACGGUCAUAACAGCACUGCACGUGUCCCACAUCAUCAGAAGCCUCUUACCGUCAAUGAUCUCUCCCCGACUCCCAUGCACGGAUCUAACCUACGCGUCGCGUAUCAAGGCGUUCCCGGAGCUUACUCCGAGGCAGCCGCAGGUAAGGCUUACCAUAACUGCGAAGCUAUCCCUUGCGACCAGUUUGAAGUUGCGUUUCAAGCGGUAGAGCUCUGGACCGCUGACCGCGCUGUUCUACCGGUUGAGAACUCUCUCGGCGGUUCUAUCCACCGUAACUACGAUCUUCUCCUCCGCCACCGUCUUCACAUCGUCGGAGAAGUCCAUCUCCCUGUUCACCACUGUCUCUUAGCUCUUCCCGGCGUAAGCAAGGAGCUCCUCACGCGCGUGAUCUCACACCCUCAAGGUCUCGCUCAGUGCGAGCGCACACUCACAAAGCUCGGUCUCAACGUCUCUCGCGAGGCCGUCGACGACACCGCGGGAGCCGCUGAGCUCAUCGCCGCCAAUAAUCUCCACGACACGGCGGCGAUAGCGAGCGCACGCGCCGCCGAGAUUUACGGGCUGGAGAUUUUGGAAGACGGGAUACAAGACGACGCGAGUAACGUGACGCGCUUUGUUAUGCUGGCGCGUGAGCCAAUCGUACCGAGAACUGAUCGGCCGUUUAAAACGAGCAUCGUCUUCGCGCAUGAGAAAGGCACUAGCGUGCUGUUCAAGGUACUUUCUGCUCUCGCGUUUAGGGACAUCAGCUUGACGAAGAUUGAAUCUAGGCCGAAUCACAACCGUCCCAUCAGGCUUGUUGAUGAUGUGAACGUAGGGACGGCGAAGCAUUUCGAGUAUAUGUUUUACGUUGACUUCGAGGCUUCGAUGGCGGAGACGCGCGCUCAGAACGCGCUCUCGGAGGUUCAGGAGUUCACGUCGUUCUUGCGGGUGUUGGGGAGUUAUCCUAUGGAUAUGACUCCUUGGUCACCAUCAUCCUCAACAUCACACACGGCUUCAUCGUAAAGAAACUAUACAAAUGGAAAUGUAAACAUGUUUUUUUUUUUUUUUUAAUAAUCCAGGUAUCCGGACCUCUCACUUAGUCCGACUAUCCCUCCGCGUCCAACCGAAACUGGCGAGGAAGGUCCUGGAGCCCGAACGGAAAGCGCGUGAAGUUGACAUUAUAUGAUGUUUUAUAUACGUGUCAACGCUCUUAUGGUUUCAACAUGUUUAAUUUAUAUUCCCCAGGUUGAAUUCAUCUGAGAACAAUAUGUUAAAAAAUAUCCAAGUUAAUGUCAAAAUUAAAUUAGAAAAUA